ACCGGGGAGGGAUGCGGGGAUGGGGUGGGGGGGGGGGCGGCGGCGCCUUUGUCUCCGCUCCGGUCCCCCGCAUGCGCGCACCCCACCACGGCCACUAAGUUGCGCCGCUCGUCCCCCCCUUUUCCUUGCCAAGUUGGAUUCGUCCUCCCAUCUCCAUCAGCGCCUUUGGGUUGUACCACUCUGCGAAAAGGGGACAGUACCACCCCGCUGCCCCCCUUCUCACGUCGCUUUCCCCCUUGAGCUGUUCCACUUGGCUUUAAAGGGAGGGAGAAGGGAUGCGCGAAGGGAGACAGCGCUGCGCACGCACAGCGCGGGGCCUCCUCCUUCCUUAACUCCCUCCGUAAAAUACAGAGGAUCAUCCCGAGGGAGGCAGGGAAGUACCGUGGGAGAAGCAGCGAGGUAGCGCAUCCCCCUUUUGGCAGAGUGGUACAACCCACUGGCACUUGAGGAGCUACGAGGACGAAUCCAACUUGAAAACGAAAAGGGGGGGCUGCGCAUCCUAAUAGUUACGGGGGGGGUGGUUCGCGCAUCCCGCUUCCACCCCCCCGUGAUGUUCCACGUGUCCCUUUUAUUGUGGGGGGGACAGGCCCCGCGCUGUGCUUGUCACACGUUAUCUCCCAACAGCGCACCCCCUUCGCCACCCCCCCGCGCGCCACGUGUGGUACGCGCCUCCCCCAUAACCCCCCGCGCGUCGCGCGCCACCUCCCUCUAACCCGGCGGCGGCCAAAGGGAGCGGUGGGGCCUUGAGGGGUCAGCGCUGCCGGAUUCUCCAUGUCUUUGGGGUCCCUUUCCCAGGAUUUAGGAAUUCUCUGUUACAGGUUCUUCCAGGAGAACUGAUGGACACAGAAGAGAAAUGACAUUUUUUCAUAUUUUUCCUUGUUUAGAAACUUUAUUUUCUAAGAAAUUUGAAGUUUUUCAGGACUGAACAUAAGGUUUGGCUGCUUGGUUUGGAAGCAAAAAGAUGCUGAAGGAAUGUUUGGAAUCACCCCAAAAUUGGGAUCCUGACUUGCAUCAACACAUGCCAGGACUGGGAUGGCAGCUUGGGAAUUCUCAGGCUGCUGGGAUGGGAAAAUCCUUUUGGAUAACAUCACAAUAAUGUUCCUUUCCUUGUUAUUAAAAUGCAAAUAAACUCUUUCUCUGUGCUGUUCACGAAUGUCAUGGAGUUCUGGAAAGUUCAUCGGCUCCAAACUUCAUUAAAUGUGUUAAUUAGUUAAGCCAUUAAUUAUUAAAUAAAUGAUUUGGCUGAGAAGCUGCUGCACCUACAGAAAUCGGAAUUUUUCUCUAAUUUUAUCCUGCUUUUUUUUAAUGCUGUCAUAGGAGCAAAAAAAAUGAGGACACGGAAAAAUCCCUGCUCCGUGGACAAAGCUUGGCUGGAAAAGCACCGGAACGACGAAGCCGAGCGGGAAGCGCCGGAGCGGGAAGCGCCGGAGCCCGAGGCCGUCAACGGGAUCUGCCACGAAGAUUCCAUCGAGGGGGAAUUCAAGGGGGACCCGAAAAAACCCAGGAAUGGCAAAAAGCAACGGAAACGGAAGCGCUCCCCGAAACCCAGAGCUCCGGAUUCCAAGCUGGAGGCGAUCCUGGCGGGAAUGUCGGCGGAGCGCGUGUGGUUUGACAAGCCCUUGUACGACCGCGCCGAGAGCGCCUACAGGAGAAAACUAGCGGGUUCCCAGAGUUGGGAAUCACCCGAGACUGGGAAAACGGCUCAGGAAUCUCCUGCUGCCGCCAGGUCGAAGGCCAGCCAAGAUAUUCCCAAGGCAAGGAUGCUCCCGGCAUGUUCCCACGGGAACCUGGCCGCCUGUCACCACGUCGUCCAAGGGGUUUGGGUCAACAAGCUUGACUUCGAUAAGGCCGAGAGGGUCUUCAUGGAGAAAUCCCAGCUUUCCCUUCCUCCCGACGUCCUGGCUGUCCCAUCCGCGUGGGUGAAUUCCAGGCUGGGAACGCCGGACGAGGGCUACGGCACGGCUUUGCCCACUCCCGCCACGCCAGGCUUGGCUCCCGCCAUUCCCGUGGCCUCCAUUCCCAGUUUGCCCAGCUCCGACCAGCAGACGGUCAACGGGAAGCCGCAGAUUUCCAGCUGGGAAGUUCUGGCUUCCGAGGUGUGGCUGGAGAAGCCUCUCUACGACGACGCCGAGAAGAAUUUUUACGAGAAGAUGUUGGACGGGCACCCCUCGGAUAAAACCCAGCGCGGCUGCCCGGAAGCAUCCAAGAGCCACAACCCCGGGAAGCAAACUGGAAUCGCCGCCAACCCCCAGCUUCCCGAUAUUCCCAAGGAAAACCCCACCUGCUUUUUCCUGCAUAAGGACAGCGAAUCCGUGUGGCUGAACAAGGUGACCUACGACAGGGCCGAAUCCCGGUAUUUCGCCCUGGAAGCGGCCAGGGCAGCGGAGAAAACGGGGAUCCAGGAAUCUGCUGCAGGAAAUCCCUCCCAUCCAGCUGCUCCGAGCAUUCCCGCUCCGGAAAUGAAGUAGGAGAAAUUUGUUUGGGGGUAACGCCCGUGCGAAAGAAACAGCCGGGUCGGGAUUGAGCCGGAAGGAAUUUGCAUGUGGAGAAGACUGGGUGGACCUGGAGAUGAUCACAGUGGGCUGGGAGCAGUGGGGAAAAUCCUUCAAGGAAUUCCCCUUCUCCUGAGGAAUUCUGAUGGAUAAAGGCUGUGUUUGUGUGGAGCUGUGAAUGUUUAAAGGCAGGGCUGGGAAGUGAGCUCGGUAUCCCCCUUUUUGCGUGGAUACAGCACCAUCCUCCUUUCCAUCCUCUCAUUCCAUGUCAAAAUCAGCAUCAUGACCAGGAUCCAGCUUGAAGAAGGUGUGGAAAUGACUGGAAUACAAUUUAGGGAAUCACUCUAGCAUGAGCGUGUGCUGUAGUUUGGUUUUUUAGGGAAUUAAAAUUCAGUCUGUGGAUUUUUGGAAUGCCCUUGGAUCCUCUCCAAAGGCAGAGCUAAGGUAGAGACAGAUAUUCCUGGGAAAAAAAAACUCUUGGAGCGUCUGUCUUUAUUUCUGACGCUUCUGAUCCAUGAGUUUUGUUGGGAUUUGUUGGAAAGCUUGCAGGAUCUUGGUGUCAAGGGAUUUAGGGGUUAAAUACCUUUCACCCGAUCCUGUUUGGGAUCAUUUCCUCUUUAGCUGGUCAGAACUGGAUAUUUGGGAAAAUCCACGUGUCUCUGUGAAAACGUGGGAUAAAUUUGUCUGUAUUUGGGAUGUUCUGUGAAUGAUCCUGGUUGGAAUUCCAGCAGGUCCUGGACAUUUGGGUUUGGAGAGUGAUUUUGCUGUGUCUGGUGGCCUCUGGUGUCUUCCAAGUGGGUAGAUGAGAUAAGAAAGGAUUUGACUUCAGGAAAAUCGUUUUUUGGCUUCUUUGGAAGUUUUAUGGAAAACUUGGGAUUGGGAUGACAAGGAGAGGCUUUGUGGAGCCUGCUCCAGUUGUGAUUUUCUUGUUCUGCUCUCCACCUCCUCAAACUUCUGCUGCCUCUGUCCCUGUCCCUGGAAUUCAGAGCACUUCCUCUUUUCUGAGUUCUCUGUUUCCCUUCAAAUUAGGAAUUUAAUCCACCUUUGGAAGCUGCUCUAUAAAAAUUCCCCACUUCCCAGCAGGAUUUGAGGUGUUUUGUGCUGUUUUUCCAUGUACUGCCAGGUCUGUCCCUUCCAAGUGCUGCUGAUUUUUCCUCAAAGAUUUCCCAGAGAACUUAUGGAUGCCCCAUCCCUGGAAGUAUCCAGGGAAAAGUUGGAUGAGUCUUGGAGCAACCUGGGAUAGCUGAAGGUGUCCCAUGGCAGGGAGUUGAAACUAAACGAUCUUCAUGCUCUUUCCCAACCCAAUCCAUUCCAUGAUUUCCAUUCCCUUUCUGUUUUCCUACACAAGACAUUUUCCUUAGCAUCAACUAGAAAUUCGUGUUUCUUUGGAGGGGUUUUUUUAUGGAAUAAAGUCUGGAUCAGCUGAUUCAUCCCAUCCCCACUCCAUGCUCAGGUCAGGCAGGUGGGUGAUUAAUCUGUCCUGCUCUUUUAAGAGGAUCCUGGACACUUUAAUCCACAGCCGAGCUGCAGGCACAGAGAAACCGCUCCUGGCGAGCUGUUAACCUUCAGUCCUUGCAGGAAUUCACUCCUUGUGGAUAUUUUUCCCCCUCCUUU